GCUAUAACACUGCCGUGCAGCCGCUACAUCAAAUCAUGUGACAGAAAUAAAGUCAACUGAUCUCUGAACCAGGAAGAAGGGGACUGAAAUGUGAAGUGGUGUAUUUUAAGUAAAGGGACAUUUUUUGGUUUUGCUUUGGAGAUGGACCGGCUACAUUUCAUUUUAAUUUGGACCGUCUGCCUUGCAGAAUGGAGUUUACAAGCAUUCGGCGAUUUGGAUACUGCGCGUAGACAGCAGAAAUGGCCAGUGCCGUACAGGCGGUUUGAUCAUCGCCCAAAAGCAGAUCCUUACUGUCGAGCAGUAUACCAGUUCUGUCCCACUGGAUCUCCUAAUGGAAGCAUUCCUGUCAUGGAAGAUGCAGACGUCAUUGAGGUCUUCCGAUUGCAGGCUCCUGUAUGGGAGUUUAAAUACGGCGGUCUGCUUGGUCGUUUUCACAUUAUGCACGAUGCUAUUGGAUUCAGGAGCACCCUUACUGGCCGGAACUACACCAUGGAGUGGUAUGAACUCUUCCAGCUGGGGAACUGCACCUUUCCCCACUUGAGACCUGAGAUUGAAGCUCCUUUCUGGUGCAACCAGGGGGCUGCCUGCUUCUUUGAAGAGAUAGACGACCAGCACUGGAAGCAGAAUGGAACUUUAGAAAAAGUGUCUGAAAUGACAGGUGCACAGUUCAAUGAAAUGGCCAAAUGGGUAAGGGAGGACAAUGAAACCGGUAUAUACUACGAAACAUGGACUGUCCAGACAGAUCCCAGCCCCAACCCAGUUGUCUGGUUUGAUUCUUAUGACUGCUCUCAGUUUGUACACAGAACUUACAGGAAACUGGCAGACAUGGGCGUGUCCUUCAGCAGUCAGCUUCAGACUAACUACACCAGGAUCUUUCUGUAUAGCGGAGAACCCACGUUCCUGGGGAACGACACCACCAUCUUUGGAGCUGCUGGACAUAAGACCGUGGCCUCAGAUAUCAAACGCUUCUACCAUCCCUUUAGGCCUCCUCAGUCAAUCAAAGGCUUUCUGAUUAGUCUGCUGGAGAUCUACGAACGAGUUGUAUUAGAAAAGAGUUUCUACUUGUAUUACAAUUAUGAGUACUGGCACUUGCCAAUGAAGCCUCCUUACAUCAGGAUUACAUAUGAAGAAAUCCCUCUGCCCCGUAUACUCAAGAAAGCGUAGGAUUUGUUGGACUUUGCUUUGGUUAUUAAUUACAGACUGGGAUUCACCUGCAAUUAUCUAAACAAAACAGCAUUUCUGAAAUAAAAGGCUAAGGAGCAAUGGGGUUGAUGUGAUUAACCUGCACUCCACUAGGAUAAGUCAGAUCUGUUUUUUCAGAGCAUUUUACAGCACUGGGGAAUUUCUCUAAAUUGUUUCAGCCAUCUAUCUACUCAUGGUAUCCCAGGGUUACCUCUUUUAAAAAAAAAAAAGAAGGUAUAUUCCGUUUUAUCUCUGCAGGGUUGAUGAAAUUAAGCUGAUAACGUUUUUCAAAAUGUCACAGUUUGUCACAUAUUUUCAUUCCUAUCUCACACCCUGUGCAUGAGAUAAGCUUUUUUUUAAUGUAAAUGUAAUGUUACUUUUUUUUCUGCUUAAUAAUCCAAUGAGUGUAUUUUUGCAAGGUGCGUGAGGUUGUUUGUGAUUAGUUCUUCAAUCCUACUGGUAGUUUUGCAAAACUUGGUACUGUAUUUAUCUACAGUAUACAUAUCAACCUAAUAAGAAGUGGCCAGUAAUGGGGAAUUGUAUACAAUCUGGUGACACAAAAGCAACAGUUAUCCUGUAUUACUUAUUUGAUAUUUUAUGCGUGGCAUACAAUAGCAGUGCCUUUAUUUGUUGACAUAUGUGGAACACAUUACUAAUAAGUAUGAACCGCAAAAAUAAUCCAAUAAAAAGCUAAAUAUAACUG